AGACAAUCAAGAUCACCACGACCACCGUAGUCGUGGUCCAUACUAUGCCUACUAACCGUAAGAACUACUGACUUCAUCUUCAGAGCCGAGCAAAAUAGAUGGCCGCAGCACCAGUAGAAUUGCAAGAAGAUAUUGACUUUUCCGCUCGCCCGGAUCCCUGCACGAAUGUCCGUGUCAAGAUUCUGGUGCGCGAACUUCGCAUCGCGCACGAAGGCGGAAGUGAGCAAUUGCAGGUGCGCAUUGGACUCCAUGCGAUCUGGAACGACUUGCGUGUGAAGGACUUUCCACCUGAACAGCCACUUCCGGUGAAUAUUUGGCGGCCCGAGUUCAACUUUCACCAGUUAGAGGUGGCAGAGUCAUCGCAAAGUAAAGGUGGUUCCUCGGUGUCCUCGGGUCCCAACUCUGCUAGUGCAACCGGAGGAACGACUAGCGCGAUUCCACCUGGCCCAUUGCCCAUGUUCUUCUCUAAAGAUCCAAAAAUACGGGAUUUUCUACAUAUGACGAUAGAUAGUAAGCUUCUGAAGAUCGACCUGCUUGAUGGGAAUGCACGGAACCGCGCCUCGCUAAGGAGCUUCCCGUUUGACGGCUUCAAGUUUGACUUUGUGGCUGUUUGCAAUGGGGCUGUUAGGUUGGAAAAUACGAGUCAGGUUGACGCUGUCUUCGACGGGAUGGGUUUGAGGCAAGAUUAUCUAGACUGGAAAAAAGCUGAAGGGGGCUUUGCUGGAAAUGGAAGCAGUGACAGCAGUGUUCCAGCAGGAGGGCCACUACUUCAAUCGCAAGCCUCCAACAGUGCCUUGACGAAGUAUAGCGCGGCAACUGGUGCAGGCGAGCAUUUCCGCUUCGAGGCGCCUUUACUUUCAGGGGAGUUCGCUGUGACACGUUUUGUCUACGGUAUGGGUGAAAACAAAUCUCCCUUGUCUGGCAUGUUCUUCCGACACAUAUUUUUUCGCAUCGAGAUCCAGCGAGACCCGACGUACUACCUGCACAAGGGCGUGGCGCCGAUGCUGGUGUUGUUUCUGGUGUCUGUGACCUCGACGAUAUGUUUGAACUCCAGAGAUUUUGCCGGAGACAAGCUCAACGUGCUGUUGGCUGCGUUUCUAACGCUUUUUGCAAUACAAUGGACGAUCGCGGACCGCCUGCCAAGACUACCCUUUCUCACGGAACUAGACAAUAUGACGGAGGAGGAAAAAAAUACACGCAAACUCAGUGACCCAACAGAAUUAGUGAGCUGUCGUACUGUGUUGACGUUCAACGAAAAAAAAAGUCUACUUCUUGCUAAUUGAUUCUGAGAAUCAUGAAUUGUGAUGAGCAUGAGUGUGUUUUUCUUUUUUCUCUUCAUACACAGGGUUACGAUCAGAUGUGGUUCGGGUUUGCUAGUUUUGGUCCUGGGGGUCGCCGUUUCACACCAGGUAGCACUGAAUGUGGACAAGAACGCUGAAAAUGGAGAUGGAGCUUCAUCGUCAGAAAAGCUGUUGUCUACUUCAGGUAUUGUAAGUCUCCUGACGGCUGCCGUUGCUUUUGUUUGGGUCGCUACUGGGGUCUGGCGGAUGCGCGAUUUGGACAAAAAGACGGCAAGACUCAGGGAACGGUCUAGGAGGUCUCCUGGUCGACAACUGAUGAAGAUAACCGCACCAGAAGAAGACUAUGUCAUCGCGGCAAAUGGCCGCACCCUCACCUGGAAAAAGCCACCGUUCCUACAAGGAAAAGUGGUCCGCGCUCUAAAAUACGACGUCGUACUUCCGGGACUUGGGCCCAUAACGUUUAUUUCACGGCCUUUGUGCAUCUACGAAGCGCGAGAAGAAAGUGAUUACGAAGCAAAAGUUGGAAGUGCGAUCGAAUUAGAAGAUUUUGAUCCUCAAGCUAGAGUGAAACCACCUGACCCUGAGUGAGACCACCACAUGAAGGGAGAAAAAGAUGAUCAGCUGCUCGGAUAAUACAGCUAAUCCGCGAUGACCGCAAAUGUGGUUCCAGUAUCUUUGCAUCUAUGAGAAUGAGAAACAAG